AUGGAGUCCGGAGAGCGGCUGGCCUCGCCGUCACCGCCAACGUCCUCCCUUCACAUGGCCUCGUCCUCAACCAGCUCCUCCCCUGCUCCGCCCCAGACGCUCCCCGCCAAGUACAGUCCAGCCCCGAGUCCUGAGGGCAGCUCCCCUCUCACCACCUGCGGUCAGUCACUGCGGAUGACGGGGGAUGAACGUUUAAACAUGUCUGGCAGCUCCAACGGACUCAACUUAGUCAGCCGUCCUGCUUUUGGCCUCUACACAUCAAACUCAGGCCGCUCUGAGUUUGGAGGCCUCGGAAGUCUGGGUUUGUCUGCCUUGGCUGCUCACUCUCAGUUUGGUGCUUUUCCAGACUGGUGGCGACCAUCUGAGGCACAUACCAGAGGAGCGACAGCCUUCUUUCCUCCUCUUCUAGGUCUGCAUCCUGUAUUUGUAUCAAGCUUCAAAAGCCACGAUCCUGUUGAUUCACGUUCCACAGUUCCUGUAGGUGUGAAUGGAGCAGCGAAUGGUACCAGUGCUUCCUCCCCUACUGGGAACUCUGCUGUGAACACCGCUUCAUUUCCAGCAAAGGGAAAUAAGGAGAAAGCUCAAGCCAACAGUAGUCGAAGUCAAAAACGCAGCCACGAGCCGGACCAGCUCCAUCAGAAGACCGUCCAGAAAACAAAGGAAAAGAAGCCCAACAAAAGACCGCCAGAGACAUCCAGCAUGAGCGGCAGCCAAUCAGGGUCCUUAUCAGAAACCUCCAGCGAUGGUGAAGAAAGCAGCAGUGAUCCUGAUGACAUGGAGGAGGACGACGACGACGAAGAUGAGGAUGAACAGAGCAGUGACAGCGAGGACUCUGAUUCUGAGAAGGAGAGUCCGGUUAAGAAGAAAGUCAAACGGCUGACACAGAACACUUCCGAGAGUAAAAAGAAGAGACCUCGCGCCGAUGAUGGAAAUACGACUCGAGACAGUCAUUGUGGCGGCGUUCCUUUGACUUCCUCCUAUCAGCUGCAGUACUCUCAUCCUGCUGGCCUGCCGCAGUCCACAGCAAAGUUUCUCCAGAGCCCCCGCACGUCGGAGGAGGAACGCCAGAAGCACAUCAGUGUCAUACAGGCCACGGGACUGACAGUCAGCAACAAUCUCUUAGUGAAGUCCCACAGGGAGGCUUGUCCUCUGCCCUCCAGGCCUUCACCCAACCCCACCUCCUUCUCCAACUCAUCCAAACACCUGCCCACCGUAACUUCACCAAAGCGCUUCAGUCCGUUGUCCUCGCCGACUCGUAGCUCCGCCUGCUCCUCUCCUAAACCUCUUGCUCUCUGUUCCCCUAAGAAGCCCCUCUCUCUGUGCUCCUCACCCAAACCCUCACCUCUGUGUUCACUCAAACCUCUCUCCCUCGCUUCUCCGCCCAAACCGCUGACACUGUUGGCCUCGAAAAAGCCCUCGAAUAAACCCAGAUUUCUGAUGCCCUGUAGCAAGCGUCCACAGCCCGUAGACUGCACGAAGGAAGGCAGUGGACACCUUCCCGAUGAAAGCUCAUUACACUUGAGCACUUUUACGCUGAAGCAGCCCCUCAAUUCCAAGGAUUCUGUGAAGCAGACUUUCUCUCUGCGACCUACGAGCCAAAGCUGUGACACCAACCUGUUCCUGAACCUCCAGCCUAACGGAGCCAUCCACAGCGCGGUUCAGGAUGCCCCUUUGGCCCUCAUCACUAAGCCCCGCAGCCAGAGCAGCACCCCCAACAGCAAGCCUCUCCUGGCAGCUACCAGCCCUCCCUACCCAAUGCCCAUCAACUUGAGCACUGGCACCAAGGAGAAGUCGGGCAGCUCUGCUUCCCCACCUAAACCAUCUGCCUCAUCGGGACCUGCUCCCAAACCAAGAAAGACUACCAAGAUACUGCAUGCAGGAAAGAAUUCUACCAAAAGCAGCUCAUCCUGUCCACCCGUGGACAUGGCCAGAGGCAGUGAGUCUGACAUCCACAGCAGCAAAGACUCAGACGACUCCUUAGGAGACGAUUACGAUGAUGACGACGAUGACGACGACAACUAUGAAGACGAUAUUGAGGAUGAAGAUUCUGGCAGUAGCCUUUCAGAGUCGGAGAGCAAUCUGGAGAGCGACUCCGAUGGCUCGGAGGAUGAUAUCAAGGAGUGCAUUGAGACAGAAGCAGAUAGCGACGCAGAGAGGAGUCCUCUGAAACCACCUAAAGCAUCGUUGUCUGCUCACAAGCCCUCUCCGGCCCUCUCAGCCAACUGCUCCCUACUUAACCUGCAGAUUACCAAGCCUCCGAGUCAACCCAGUGGCUUACUCACCCCCACCACUAGCACCAUGGCGCCGAGUAAACACAGCACCCCGUCCCCAUGCUUCUCAUUUGCAACAAUGCCAGGAUCAGGGAAGAGGAGGAGGGUCACGGAUGAGAGAGUCCUGCGAUUGCCUCUCGAGUUUGGGUGGCAGAGAGAGACCCGUAUCAGGACUGUGGCGGGCCGUCUACAAGGGGAGGUGGCUUACUUUGCCCCGUGUGGGAAAAAGCUGCGUCAGUACCCUGAUGUGAUGAAGUACCUUGUCAGGAAUGGGAUAACUGAAAUCACUCGGGACAACUUCAGCUUUAGUACAAAAAUUAAAGUUGGCGACUUCUAUGAAGCCAGAGAAGGACCAAAGGGGUUACAGUGGUUCUCGCUGGCUGAGGAUGAGAUCGCCCCCACUAUCAUAGCGAUGGACGGGAGGCGAAGCCGCCGCACAAAGUCCGAGCACCAGCUGACCGGUGACGGCGCCGUAUCCAGACAGUGGAAGUCUUACCCUCUAAAUGUUGGUGAAAAUAACUUCCAGGACGUCAGCGAUGCCAAGUUGCAGCGUAAACUGGAGGCUCAAGAAAUAGCUCGACAGGCAGCUCAGAUCAAAAUGAUGAGAAAGCUGGAGAAGCAGGCCAUGGCACAAGCAGCCAAGGAGGCGAGGAAGCAACAAGCAAUAAUGGCUGCCGAGGAGCGGCGGAAAAAGAGGGAGCAGAUGAAGUUUCUUAAACAGCAAGAGAAGAUCAAGCGCAUUCAGCAAAUUCGUAUGGAGAAAGAACUCCGUGCACAGCAAAUUCUCGAGGCAAAAAGAAAGAAAAAAGAAGCAGCAGCCAAUGCCAAAAUACUGGAGGCUGAGAAACGAAACAAGGAGAAGGAGAUGCGACGACUGCAAGCUGUCAUACUAAAGCACCAAGAGUUGGAGAGGCAUAGACUAGAUAUGGUACGAGAGAGAGAAAGACGCAGGCAGCACAUGAUACUCAUGAAGGCCGUGGAGGCCCGCAAGAAGGCAGAGGAGAGAGAGCGCCUGAAGAAAGAAAAGAAGGAUGAGAAACGGUUGAACAAGGAGAGGAAACUGGAGCUCAGAAGACUGGAGCUGGAAAAAGCAAAGGAGCUGAAGAAACCAAAUGAAGACAUGUGCUUAGCAGAUCACAAGCCACUUCCAGAUUUGUCCCGUAUUCCUGGUCUGGUCUUGUCAGGAAACACCUUCUCUGACUGCCUGAUGGUGUUGCAGUUCCUGCACAGCUUUGGAAAGGUCCUGGGAUUGGAGUUCAAUUCCAACAUGCUCACGGUAGGCGACCUUCAGGAGGGGCUGCUCAACACCGGGCGCAGUGUGGGCAAAGUGCAGGACCUGCUGGUGAGCAUGCUGUCUGCAGCUGUGUGUGAUCCUGGUAUACCUGCAGGGCACAAGAGCAAAACCAGCUUGGGGGACCACUUGACUAACGUGGAGAUCAACCGAGACAACGCGUCCGAGAUCCUGCAAAUCUACAUGGAGGGACACUCUGAGCAGACGGAGGUGGCUGCUCUGGCCGCCAGCCUCAGGACUAAAGCUUUUCAGGCCCACACUCCGUCACAGAAGGCCUCCAUUCUGGCAUUCCUGGUUAAUGAGCUCUGCUGUAGUAAGGCUGUGAUCAGCGAGAUCGACAAAAACAUAGAUUAUAUGACCAACCUGAGGAAGGAUAAGUGGGUUGUCGAGGGAAAGCUUCGCAAACUGAGGAGCAUCCAUUCCAAGAAGACAGGCAAGAGAGACAGCAGUGUGGCAGGCGAGGACAACCACACCUUUAUCAUCCCCACCAUCAGAAACAAAUGCAAGAGGAAAGAAGGGGACAGUGAGGAGGAAGAGGACGACGACGACGACAGCGAGGACCAAGGAGACGACGACGAAGACGAGGAGGAAGAACCGGGGGGAAAGAAAGGGAAGAAAGCAGAGAUAUGUGAAGAAGAGGAUGACAGUGUACACUCAGCCAGCAUCGAGGAGCUGGAGAAACAGAUUGAGAGAACAUACAAGCAACAGAGUCAAAUCAGACAGAAGCUGUUUGACUCGUCGCACUCGCUGCGCUCCGUGAUGAUUGGUCAAGACCGAUACAGGAGGCGUUACUGGGUCCUUCCACAGUGUGGCGGCAUCUUUGUCGAAGGCAUGGAGAGUGGUGAAGGAUGUGACGAGGUGGAGAAGGAGAGGAAAAGACAGUGGGCUGCUCAGGUGAUCAGGGUGAAAGAGGAGCAGCUUGAAGAGACCAUGAAGCCGGCGGUCUCCAGCUCAGCACCGAACACAGACGGCGGUAUAAACACGCCAGAGAGCCAUCAGGGCAAAGACAAUCUCUUCCUCCAAAAGCCCGGCUCUUUAUCUAAACUCAGCAAACUCCUUGAAGUGGCCAAAAUGGCUCAAGAUUCAGACUUAAAUACUCAAAACAGCAAUUCUGCUGAAGUUUCUACCGCUGCAACUUAUCCCUCAUAUCCUACCUCAAAGACAGUCACUACUCAGCAGGGACUGACAGAUAAAGCAGAUUCUUCGGUACCGUCUCUGCUCAGCGCUUCCCAGCUCAAAAACAGCUUCUGGAUGACCUGCAGUCCUCAAUCCAGCCUUCAUUACGACCAGCUGUCCAAGAUACUGACUGAAAAAAGCAACCAGUGGUUCAGCCUGCUGCCUCGCUCUCCUUGCGAUGAGUCCUCGGUGACCUCUGGCUCCAGUCCCCCGGCUUCCUCCUCUUCUCCACAACCCAUCAGGGCCAAAUCCCCCUCCUUCUGCUCCCCUAAUCCCCUAGAUACAGCAAGCUACAACACGACUGCUGGGAUCAAUAACAUGCAAUCACCUAUCCUUCAGCAAGGAAAGCCUGGCACUCAUCAAAGCAGACCAACACUGUGUGACGUGUUCGGCUCGGCAGCAACUCCCAGCCAGCCCUUCUCUGGCACUCCUCUAACCCCCUUGCUGGAUCUAGCCACCCAGCUCGCAGAGGGUAAAGCAAACAAGGUCCUCUUUCUGGCAAAUAACAACGCUGUCAACAAGAGUGAGACCCCAGAGCCACAGAGUGACAAGUUAACUGGUGUCUCAUUCCCUGCUGUGGAGCUGGCCAAGACCCAGGACUACCCUUGUCCUCAGCCCAUCCCAGAGGAGAUGCUCCAUGGCUGGUGGAGAGUGUCAGACUUGGAGAACCUGCACAGUUUGGUUAAGACCCUCAAUAGCCGAGGGAUCAGAGAGAAGGUCUUGCAGAAACAGAUCCAAAAGCAUAUGGAGCAUAUGACCCAGCUAUGUGCCAACACUAAGGAUGCAAUCGAUGUAAGAGAGCUGGAGAAGCAGGAGGUAAGCGAGGACACGGUGGAGAGCUGGUGUGUUGAGGAGCAGGCCAUGGAGGUGGACAUUAGCCUGCUGCAGCAGGUUGAAGCUCUGGAGAGGAAAGUCAUCUCUGCCAGCCUGCAGGUCAAGGGUUGGAUGCACCCUGAGCCCCAGUCAGACAGCAAAGAUCUGGUCUAUCAUGAGCACAAGCUCUUCUCUUCCCCAGCUCUGGAAAACAAGGGUCAUAGAGAAACUAGUCACGAGGACCUCCCUGGCUCCGUGGUGCAGCGGCGGCUCAACAACCCUCUUGACAUCGCAGUGACCAGGCUGGCACAGCUGGAGAGGAACAUUGAGCGAAGCAGCGAGGAGGAGGUUGCUCCUGGGAUGAGGCUGUUCCGUAAAGCGCUAAGUCAGGUCCGCAGCUCAGCUCAGCUGUCGCUCUGCAUUGAGCAGCUGCAGAAGUCCAUCGCCUGGGAACGAGCCAUCAUGAAAGUGCACUGCCAGCUCUGUCAAAAGGGAGAUAAUGAGGACCUGCUUCUACUUUGUGACAGCUGUGACAAAGGCUGCCACACUUACUGCCAUAAACCGAAGAUUACGACAGUACCUGAUGGAGACUGGUUCUGUCCUACCUGUGUAGCAAAGGAAAGUGGUCAAUCCCCUCGGAGUAGGAAUCAACAGAGCCGAACAGCUGGAGGAGGAAAGAAAAGCACUGAGGUAAAACGAAAUAGUAAGCCAUCUGUGGUAGGAGAGCUCAUCAGUGAGGAGCAUGCCAGCAGCAACAGCAUGCCAAAGAAAGGUACCAAGGAGUUCAAAAAGAGGAAAGGAGACGACAGCCCACCCAGCUGCCAGGCCAAGUAUGACAGCCCUGUCCCCUGUGCAAAGAAAGCCAAAACAGCCAAGGACGACAAAAACGGCUUGGCAACGUGCCGAGUGCUUUUGGCCGAGCUGGAGUCCCAUAGAGAUGCUUGGCCCUUCCUCACACCGGUCAACCACAAAGUCGUCCCCGGAUACAGAAAAGUUAUAAAGAAACCCAUGGACUUCUCCACCAUCAAGGAAAAGCUCAGCAACAACCAGUACUUAAACUUGGAGACCUUCAUCAUUGACGUGAACCUGGUUUUUGACAACUGUGAAAGAUUUAAUGAAGAUGACUCUGAAAUCGGACGAGCCGGCCACAGCAUGAGGAGAUUCUUUGACAAACGAUGGACGGAGCUGCUGCAGUAAACGUUCCCAGCGUGGACGCUGCUCUCUACAUAUCAGACUUCUGUGUUGUCGGAGGCCUUCCCUUAACCUUUGACACCGAAUCAAUACAGAGUUAAAAUACCACUGAUGUGCGGCGUUUAGGGACGAGCUCCUGGUCGGCGUGGUGGUGAAGAAAAAAAAUAAAAAAGAACACUUUGUGGAUUUGUAUCUUCAAGUGCAAUACUAUUCUUUAUCAAAAUGCACUGACUCCUGACUCAAUAUUGUAUUUGGGAAUCAGAGAUUUCCGUUGUAGAUACAUCAUUUACUUUUUUUAUUUUUAUCGUUAUUACUAUGGUAUAGCUUUGUGUGUGUGUGUGCGUAUGUGUGUGUAUUUAUUUUCUCAACUAUUUAUGUUUCAAUCUUUUCUAAGAAAAGGCAGAAAACAGCACAAAGCUUUAAAAAAAAACAAAAACAAAAGAUUGUUUUAUGAACUAUUAAAUAAUUCAGAAAAGAAUUGUUUACAGCUUUGCAACUCGAGGUUACCUGCAGGACUAAUAUUCAUCUGCUUUUAUGGGUUCAUUGUGUAAAAUACAAAGUGGGAUCACUGACAGGUUACGUGCUUGUUCUGUCGCGCGUUUUAUUUAUCACGUGUACAGUGUGUACUCACGGCACAGUCCUGAUGAAGAUCGUCGUCAUAAAGAUGAUUGUAGCACCUACUAUGUGUGAAUAUCCGCUGGAAACACUCCUCAGUAUUGUAGUGCCUGACCUCUGACUGUACGUGUGUCCUGCACAGUAACUGUAGGAAAGCUGUUAAAGUCUUAAGAGCCUUUCCUCUGAUUUGACGUGGUGCAUAUAUUGUGUUUCAUCUCCAAGCAUUUCCUUCAACCGGAGCCUUGUCAGACAUCCUGUGGACAGACGUGAAACCUGCACUGGGCUUAAAUCCAGCUGGGAGUCAGACAGUGUCACGGUCCGCUGGAGGCGUCUCAAGACAGCUGAAGUCAGAAGACUUGAAGUAACUGUAUUUUAUUAUGAAUAUUGUGAAAUGAGUAGUGGCUUUUGUAGGAAUAUUAUUUUUAAAUAGUGGGUUUGUGGAUGGUUAAAAUAAACCUGUUUUGCAAAACAUCA